UGGAGAGAGGGGACAACAAUAUCCCCCCUUUUUUGGCUGCGGGGCUCGCGCUGGAAUUGCUGUUUGUGCUGCAGGCUGCUGGGCGCGGCGAGGGCUGUGGCUGCUGCCUGUGGCGCACCCGUGGCGGGAGUGGAGUUAGUGGCUUGUUGGAAAGAAAGUUAAAAGAGUUUGUGUGUGGGUGGGUUGGGUGGAAAACCUGCGGGGAAAAUUUGGACCUUAGUCUCCGGAGCGGCAGCCGCGGAUCAUGCAGCGGGGGAGACUCGUCCUCCUAGCGUCUCUGGCUUUUCUUCUGCUCCAUGUGAGAGGUGAAGAUGACUUUGACUUAGGAGAUGCAUUAGAACCCGAUCCUACAAAGAAGCCUGAUUCAGCUACCAAAAAGCCAGAGCUGGAUGACCGCCCAAAACCUCAGCCUGGAAGCAAGGACAAUACUGGUGGCAACUUUAAGGAUGAAGACUUAGUUGAUGGUAAACUUCCACCAGAAAAAAGGGGAGAAGAUGAUACCAAUCCCAAGAGUGGAGGAGAUGCGGCAGCCUCUCAAGGAGUGAUACCUGGAAUUAUAAGUGCUGUGGUUGUAGCAGUUGUUGGAGCAGUAUCUAGCUUCAUUGCUUACCAGAAGAAGAAACUCUGUUUCAAAGCAAGCGGAGAUCAAGAGAAUGUUAAUAUGGAAAGUCAGCAAGGAGCACAUGCAGAGCCACCUGUUCAACGAACACUUCUGCAGAAAUAAUCCAGGGAAACUCAAGGUGAAGAAAAGAUGAGCAAAACUGGAUAGAAAACCUGCAUAUCUGCCUGAAAAAACCACAAUGUAAACAGCAGGGGCUUGAGUUUCAAAAUUGUAUGAAAAAAAUGUAGUCCUGUUGAAAUAUCCUUGGAAAGGAUGGGAGAGAUGUUUUCAAAUACCUGAGCGUUUUUUCUGUGGUUAGCCCAGUGUUGCCCACUGACAAUUGUCCUUAAAAUAGUGAUGUUCUGAAACAACUUGUGCCUUUUAAUUCUCAACUCUGCUCUUGUGGCAAGAACUGUCGCUGAUGUAUAUCUGAACUGACUACUAUUCUGGCUAGCCUCUCUUCCUUACUCCUUCAAAAAAAAUCAGUAGAUCUGUUAAUGUAUCAUUACUUUGACAUAGCUCUAACCUUGUAGCAUUGUAUGGGUAUAUCUACACAACCCACAUCAGGGAGCCUCCCACUCUGGGCUGACAGACUGGGGCUAGCAAGGCUCAUGCUAGUGCUCUUAAAAAUAGCAGUGGAGGCAGUGCUUUGAAGUUGCAGCUCGGGCUCUGAAGCUUAGAGAGGUGGGUGGGCUCCAAAGCCGGAGCUCCCGCCCACGCUGCGACGUCUACCCAGCUAUUUUUAGUGCGGUAGCGCGAGUCCCAGGAGCCCAACUCUGUUGACCUGAAUUGAGAGGCUCACUGCUUUGUGCUGCAGAUUACUCAAUUUAGUUCACUUGAAAGUGAAGUUUUAAAAAAAAAAGUUCUAGUAAAUGUUACAUUAUGUGGGCACCUGAAUACAACUGUUACAUAGCUUAAAAAAUUAGCCAUGUCAUCUGAAAUAUUUGACCAAAUGAGUGAGUGUGUGUGUGUGUGUGUGUGUGUAUUUGACAAUAGUAUUGCCUGUGUAGCUGCAUGGGUCAGCUUAGCAGGAAGGAGGUACUUACAUCUGUCCUUUAAGGAAAAAAAAAAGUGUUUCUUUUUUUUCAUUUUUCUUCACUAUGUCUGUCUGGUACAGAUCCAGAAAGCCCCGAUGUGCUUCAGUGCAUCCCCCAGAGUCUCAAAGUUGUUUUUCAUACCUAUUAACUAAAAUAGAGUUGAUCAAAAAAGGAAAAGCCUGACUUACAAAUCAGAACCCUACAUUGGCUGCUUUUCAUUUGGCUGGGUGUGUUUUUCUGGUGUUCGUGAGAAUUCAAACAGGAAUUAAUUUGUAUGCAAUUUGGGACUGACAGACAUUUCCAUGACUGCUCACCUGAAAGUUUUAACAGAAGGUCAUUAUUUAUAGUUUCAGUUUUGAAAGGUUUGUCAUCCAGUCAGAAAGCAGAAACAAUACAACUAACUUAUGUGGUAAUUCUGCAAUGUGAAUAAUCAAGAGCACUCUAAACUAGGGUGACCAGAUAGCAACUGUGGAAAAAAUGGGACGGGGGUUGGGGGUCAUAGGCGCCUAUAUAAGAAAAAGUCCCCAAAAACGUGACUAUCCUUUUUAAAACAGGACAUCUGGUCACCCUACUCUAAAGUAUCAGAGGGGUAGCCGUGUUAGUCUGUUAGUCUAUAAGGUGCCACAGGAUUCUUUGCUGCUUCUACUCUAAAGUGAGUUCCUAAAAAUUACUCUCCACACGAUUCAGCAAAUGCUUGUGAAUAACAAACGCAUUUGAGGACCUCUGUUAGGUUCAUGAAGGACUGACAGCAGAAAAG